CCCCAGGCGCGGAGAGGAGGGAGGGGAUCUGGUGGGGAGGAGCACCUCCGUCCGCUCGCUCCGUCGCUGUCCAUCACCUUCGCCAUCACCGUCUGUCACCUCUGCCAUCACCUCCACCGCCCCUCCGCCAGCGUCCUUCCUCGCUCGCCCCUCGGUGGGUCCGGGGAGGUUCUCUGCCCCGGGCCGGGGGCUGUCACUGAAAGCCUGGACGCUCCCCAGGCUCCAGUAAUAGCGGGACUAAUGACCCACGCGGUGGAGCGCUGCGUGCCGCCCGGGCGCCGGCCUGGUCCGCGGGUUCGGCGACACUUCAUCCUGCAAACGGUGCUUUCCGCUCAGUGUCGUGUGUUUGGAGAGGCCGUCCUCGACCACCCUGUGCUGGAUAGCAUCCCCCAGCACGCACACACAUACACAUACAUCUCAUACCCUCCUCACCCUGCUGUACUUUCCUCCAGAUCACUUAAGCCCCCUGAAAUGCUGUUGGCUUCCCGUACCGUCCCCCCAGCCCAGCCUGGGCACUCGGUGAGGGCAGGGACUGUGUUUUCUUCACCUGGCACGUAGUCGGCGCCCGCAAAUAUUCUCAGAAGGAACGGAUAGAGGCACAGCCCGGAGGGAGCUGCUGAUAUUACCCCACUUUACAGCUGAGGAAAUGGAGCCUGUGAGGUUAGGUGACUUGGCCAGGUCGCAUCAGCCAACCUUGCCUGCACCCCACAGUCCGACCCCACAAUCCACAGUCUGAACCCCAGGCUGCAGGGUUCGGUCUCCUCCCACCCUGUGGCACCGAGCAGGUGGGAGGGGGGAGCACCAGGUGGUAGGUUGGGGCAGGGGACUCUUGUGUGUGGCUGAGCCAAAGGCAGUGGGGGUGAGGCAAGUGAGCAGAGUGGCUCUGGAAGCCCCGGGCCACCUGGCCGGGAGGCAGUCAGAGAGAGAAAGCGGCUGUUUUGCUGAUCAGAUCAGCCCCUGGCAGCUGGGGUGUUCUGGGCGGCUGGAUAGGCUGGGACCCACCAAACCUCAAAGGUGGACGCCCUGCUGACUUGGGAGAGCGGGGUCUGAGCAGAAGGGCCCUGCCGUGGCCUAGGGGAAGAGACCCAGCUUUGCUUCCCAGCUACCCCCUUGUGCUCUGUGACCUUGGGCAAGUGACUUCAGCCCCCCAGUCACCCUUUGCAAAGCCCAGGCUGAGUGGUCUCCCACGAUGCUGUGAAUGUGGGCCCUCCUUAUGACACAACCCAGCUAGGGUGCUGUGCAGCCAAGAGCCCGUCCUUGACCCUCAAGGCGAGUCAACCCAUCCAGUCCCCUGUCUCUAAGGAGGGCCACCUGGAAAACCUCAGAGGAGCAAGAGAAGAGCCCCAGCCUCAUCCAGAUGUGUCCACUUAGGAAGGUGCUGGCGCAGCCAGGCUCCUGUGCAAAACCUUGGAAAAGCAGGUCUGGUCCAAAGAGAGAAAUGGACAUUUGUGCCUGGAACGGGUCAGCAGGUCUGUUGCCGGGGUGAGAGUGAGCCUGGUGCCCUCCCUGCGCCCCUGGGCAGCCCCCAACUUGAGGCCCCCCUCCGACUUGGGAGGGAGGUACGGGAAGGAGGAAACUUCUCCUUUGCCGGGCAUGGGGAAGGAUCAGGUGAGGGUGGGUGAGGGGGCCACUAGAGGGCCUGUGUCCUGGCCUCCCCACCCCACAGCCGAGACACUGGGGUGUCCUCCUGGAGAGCUGCAGCUCUGAGUCCGGAGGGAGGAGGCUGUCGAGCCCUCGGCACGGCCGUCCGGGCGAGUGUGCGAGCGAGUGUGUGCAUGUGUGAUGACCCACGUGGCUCCUUCGCAUCCCACACUCUGGGUGUCUGAGGGGCUGUGUCAGCAGCACAGGCCAGAUGCGAAAUGUGCUCCCUCUCUCGCCCUCCUCCCAUCCUCCCUCUCGCUCUCCUUUUGUCUUCUCCUCACCGCCCUUGGUUCCCACUUCUCUUGCUGCCUUUUCAUCCUCUAUUCUUUCCCCCUCUCCCUCUCGCCUGCCCGUUUAGUUUUUGGUCUUUGCAUCCUCUGUUCCCCACCGCCUGCGAGUACCGGGCAGCGCAGCCUGUGAUGUGAGUGUGAAGCAAAGGCCGAUUCCCUGGAAGCCCAGCUGCAUACCUGGAGCCGGGGCCACGUGGCUUUUGUGCCAGUUGCACAUCUAACCUUGCUUUAUUUAAACAUAAAAUGAAUGAUAGGUGAUGGACACGAUGUGAAGAGUGAUCAGGACCGAGGAGCAGAGGGGUGUGAGAGCCCAGAAAAGCAGGAGGGCAGAGGGUGCAGGAGGGAGGAGCCAGGAGGGCGCCAGGGGACGGGGCAGCCUUUAUUUUCAGGCUCUUCCCGUGCUGAGCGGUAGAUUGCUGCUGGCGACUUCCCCCGGCCGGAGCCUGGGCUGAAGGUCGUGGGCAGCCAGAGGCAGGGGCCAGUCCGGGGCUCUUUGCACAGAGAGUGUCAGUUCCAAAGCACAUAAACCGUCCUUCUCCAAGGGCUCCUAAAGCUGGGGGGAGCACCCCCGGAACGCACCCAUUUCCUGCCUAGCAACCUGUCUGAUACCAGCCUUCUGGCAGGAAUCAUGGCCCCCAGGCCUCCCCUCCUGCCCUGCUGGACUGGGCGCUCUCCUCUCAGGCGUGGCCUGGUGCAAGGAGGGCACUGAAAGUGUCCCGACCUCGCCGUCCCCCCAGCUCCCUCCUGAACAGCAGGCUUUGGGGUCCCCUCUGCCCCGUGAGACCGUAUUUGUUGAGCAUCAGCUGGGAGCCUAGCUGACAUCGUGCUGCUCCUCCAUUCCGUUCUCACCAAAUCCUCACAUUAUCCCAGGUUUGGGAUCAGGAAGUGGAGGCUCAGAGAAGUGAAGUGGCUCGCCCAAAGUCACACAGGAUUUGGACCCAGAUCUCUCUGAUCCCAAGUGCAAUGAUUACAAGUAGCCAGGGGAGACAGAACCCGCCAGGAUGCGGGACGGGGGUGGGGGUCUAAGUUGGCCCCAGGGAAGACUGAGGGAUCUGCGUCCUUGGGGACUUGGGCAGAGGCAUUCAGCCAGUCCUCUUUGUGAUGCAUCCACUCCACAUCCACUGAGCACCAGCUGUGGUCCGGAGCUCUGGGAGGAAGGGCUCUCCCUGCCCUUGAGGACAGUCUGUGAGGGAGCUUCCUCCUCUCCUCCACCAGUGGAACUGGGAGACGGGCCCGGGAAAGACCAGAACCUGGGCUGGGUGGGGGCACAGGACUCCUCAGCCCCCAGGCAGUUGUCCACCCUCCCUCCCUCCUGACUCAGCAUCAGUGAGCGUCUGGUUGCAGCUGGGGGCUUCGGGCAGGGGCGGAAGCCAGGCUGAGCCGAAUGAGCCAGGGGCCUGCGAAACAGUUCUAGCCAUCCAGUUCAUGGGCCGACCCCCCCCCCCCCCCCGCCACGGGACUAGAGAGCUCCUGCCCUGGAACCUGCGAUGGCUCCCCACUGCCCACAGGCAGAGCCUCAAUUCCCUGGUGUGACAUUUAAGGCUGAUCUCAGCCUGGCUCCAGCCUGCUGCUCUGGCUGCUUUUUCUCCUCUGUGCCUUUGCAGACUCUGUUCUUGUUGCUGUCACACCCUUCCUCUUGGGCAGUACCUUCCCAGGCUGCCCCCCACCCCCUGGCGCUUUGUGUAAGCUGGACACGUGUCCAUACCCUCGACUUCCAGCCCAGGGCAGGCCCAGAGCACAGAGGACCCAGGGCGUGGACUGCCACACCACCUCCUUCAGUCCUCUCCCCAGACCUCAGUCCUCAGUGACGCCCUCCUGGCUGCUGUCACCCCCCUAACCCCGCGUUCCACAUCCUCGUCUCUGCUUUAUCACCAUCCAGCAUAUUCCAUAGCUUAUCAUUUAGUGUAGUGUCUUUCUCCCCGACAAGAAUGUUGGCUCCGUGAGCGUAGGCAGGGCGUUUGUCAUUUUAUUCAGGGCUGGGUGUCCCCGUGUCCCCAGUGCCCAGGACAUUGCCUGGCACACAGCAAGCGCUCAGUAAGAAUUUGUCGGAUGAGGGGGCGCACCGGCCUCUGAUGGGGAGCACUGUGGCUCCACUGCCUGGAACCCACUUUGCCCCCUCCCCUUUGCAGCCUUCUCCCCCACUGGGGAACUUGAAGCUGAGCACCCUGGGGGCCAUGCAGAAGGCUGGGGCAGGGGGCCGGAGGGCCUCCGACUGUGGCCCUGCCCCUCACCGGCCCAGGUGCAUCACCAGGUUUGCACAGCAGUAUGUGGGGUCCUUCCCCGUGGACGACCUGGACACCCAGGAGAGCGUGUGGCUGGUGCAACAGCAGCUCUGGGCACUGAAGGACUGUCCCCGCCGCCGGGCCGUCAUCCUGAAAUUCAGCCUUCAGGGCCUCAAGAUCUACAGCGGGGAGGGUGAGGUGCUCCUGAUGGCGCACGCCCUGAGGCGCAUACUCUACUCCACCUGGUGCCCAGCUGACUGCCAGUUUGCCUUCAUGGCCCGAAACCCCCGGAGCCCGGCCAGCAAGCUCUUCUGCCACCUCUUUGUGGGCAGCCAGCCUGGAGAGGUCCAGAUCCUGCACCUGCUGCUCUGCCGCUCCUUCCAGCUCGCUUACCUCUUGCAGCACCCUGAGGAUCGGGCGCAGCCUGAGCCCUGCCUGGGGCCUUCAGGGGACGCGCCCCUGAAGCCACUGUCCAGCCCUGGGGGCUCCCCUGGCCUUGUGCGGGAACCCUUCGGCCGUGAUCAGCUGUCACAGAAUGUUCAUGCACUGGUCUCCUUCCGGCGGCUGCCAGCAGAGGGGCCCGUGGGCAGUGGGAAGGAGCUGGCAGAGUUGGAAGGGCGUGGGGGUGCCCGCCACACCCGCCUGGGGAACCCCUACUGCUCCCCGACGCUGGUGCGCAAGAAGGCCAUUCGCAGCAAAGUGCUGCGCUCCGGGGCCUACCGCGGCUGCACCUAUGAGAGCCAGCUGCAGCUGUCGGCGCGGGAGGCCUUUCCUGCCGCAUGGGAGGCGUGGCCCCGGGGUCCUGGUGGCCCCUCGUGCCUGGUGGAGAGCGAUGGCAGCCUGACGGAGAACAUCUGGGCCUUUGCUGGCAUCUCCAGGCCCAGUGCCCUCGCCCUGCUGCGGAGAGACGUGCUGGGGGCCUUCCUGCUGUGGCCCGAUCCGGGCGCCAGCGGCCAGUGGUGCCUGUCGGUGCGGACGCAGUGCGGCGUGGUGCCCCACCAGGUCUUCCGGAACCACGUGGGCCGCUUCUGCGUGGAGCACCUGCCGGCGGAGUUCCCCAGCCUGGAGGCCUUGGUGGAGCACCACGCGGGCACCGAGCGCAGCCUCUUCUGUGCCCUGGACAUGGGCCGCCUGAACCCCAGCUACGAGGAGCAGGACUGCGGGCCCGAGGGCAGGCCUCCCCGGACACUCCGGCCCCUGGGCCAUGCCAAGUCGGAGGCAGAACUGCAGGGCCUGGGCUAAGAGGCUGGGCCCCACGCCAAUGGCCCUGCCUCGCCCUGGCUGCCGGGCCUCAGCAGGCCACUCUGUCCUUCCACCCCGCUGGUCACCUGUUCCAUCCAGUCACUCUGCCCCUUGGACCAGUCUUCCAUCACUACACCACCCGUGGGGGGGAGCCCUGAGAUUGGGGAUUGCCAAUGGCUUCUCGCAGGGCCUGGGACCCGUUGGGGUUGCUGGAGGGGCAGCUGGAGCUCCAGGCUUCUGUGAACUUGCUGGGUGACUCUGGAUGCUUGUCAUCUCUGGGCUUCACUUGGCUCCUAGGAGGGGAGCUCUCUGAGGUGGGCCAGCAGGUACGUUCACGAUGGAGGUGCAGCCGGGGCCAGGCCUGGGGCCCUGCCUAGGAGUCCUCAGAGAGCUCCCGACUCGUUUGGGAGAGGUGUUUGGGGAGCCCGGAGCAAGUGCUCACUUUGGGCAGAGGCCUGGGGGGAGCCGCCCUCUCCCCAGGAGCAAGCAGAGAUGACACAGCGGGGCUUGUGGCCACAUCCGGGCAGACAGACAGAGCCCAGCCUUUCUCGUGUCUUUUGGGGGUAAAGGAGUCUUCCUGUGAGUUCUGAGGGACCAGGGUUCGGAGGCCGCAGAAAGGGCAGGGUGGACGGAGAGCCAUGCCACCCAAAGCCCACGUGCAGGUGGCCACUGUGUGCAGGUGGACGUGGAGCAGCAGACAGAGCGCAGAAUCUCAUGCGUUGCUUGGGAAGGCUGGUUUGUCUCCACUCAGAACCACAGGGUUGUGAUCCCUGCUUGCUCGGAGCGCAUGUCCUGGUGCCAUCCCCGUCCCCACGCCCCUGAGACCCACCAGGAUGCAUACGCACCAAGGCUCCUUUCCUUCCCCGUUUGAAUGGGAGGGGCCAGCAGUGAGCUGCAGGGAGGCCCUGCCCCCUCGUCCUGCAGGCCAGUCUGCGUUUAGUGGCUGUCUGGGAAGCCCCCCGGCGGUGGCAUUUUCCUUAAUAUGGCACUGGCCAUGGCUGUCAGGGGCCACUUCACUAGGCCAGCCCCAUUGCGGAUGGCGUCAGAGCAAACCUUCCAAAGACAGAACUGAUGGAGGCCCUGACAGAAGGGGCUUGACUUCAGUGGGCAGUGGGGGGCCUGGGGGUCUGGGAAGACAAUUCUCAUCUAAUGCAGUGGCCCUGCAGUGACCGAGAGAUCAGGCGUCCCCCUUUAUAGGUAAAGUUGACAGGCAGACUUGAAUCUACCGACGAGAGCUGGGGAGCAAGUUCACUGAACGGACUCCUCUUCCUGAGGCUCAGGCCUCCUGGCGCAUCUGGGGCUGCCCCUCCCUAUCCGUGAGUGGGCUGUGCCUGUUCUGCGCCUUGAAAGUCAGACUUCUGGCUCCUGGAAGGAAGAGGGCAGCCCCACAGAAGAGAAAGAAGGUGGAUCCUGGGGAGCUGGGGCCCCCUGCCCAGGAAGUGGUCUUGGCUAGGGACCUUGUCACUCUCGUCUCAGGGGUAGGAGGAAGCAGUCCCCUGGGGGUCUUUUCCCUGGACCCUCAGCCCUGAUUUUAUACUGAAUGUGAGUGGGAGCCAGGACUCAUUUUAUGGCCAUUUCUACUAAAACCCGUCUCCUCCCUGGGCACAGCCCUGGUCCCUGGGGGAGGCCGCCAGGAGAGGGGUUUGUUGAUGUGGGGCCGGGAGCACAGGUCUGGAGACGCCCUGGGAACCGGCCCAGGCGGAGGCCGGAGCUCACCGUAUGAGGGAUGUGUUUUGUUGCACAAAUGACCCAUGUGGAUGGGGCGUCAGGAAUGUUCCCAAAGCACUUUAACAUUCCUUCACACAGCACUUACUGAUCACGUGGUACAAAUAGGACGAGGUUUUUGACCCAUGUGUGCAAACGCCUCAGUGUCUUAAUUACAGAUCACCGCUUCCUCUUUGUUCCAACCAGCACCACCCGGGGAGCGCAGCUCUCCUUACUGCGUGUACUUGAAACAAAUAAAAUGUGUGUCUUCCGAUUGUC